AUGGCAAGCCAACUGGAGCCUCAGGCUGGUGGUAACACUGUCCUCAUCUUCGGCUGUCAAUGUGUCUCGUUCAAUGUUGAAGACUUCCUCCGUCUCCGGGCUACUGUCCUGGAUACACCAGAGCAUCGCUGGAUCCAAGAUGUUCUGUCAGAACUGCCAGUAUACUAUCGCACAGCAGCGACGACGUAUGUUCAGAAACUGAAGACGAUCCCCGGGACAGAGCAGCUCCGCGACUUAGCUGAAUGGUUCCGCACAGGACAAGUGCCGACUGACAGCUUUCCAUUGCCAUAUAUCCAACUUGCCCCGCUAUUAAUGGUAACCCAUUUCACGGAAUACUGGCAUUAUCUUCGCCUUAGGCACCCUAAAGGCCCAACUUGUGCCAGUGAUCUAUCGGCAAAAAGCAAGGUCGUGGAGAUUGCAGGGUUUUGUAUUGGGUUCUUAAGUGCUGCUGUUGUUUCAGCCGCCAGUAACCAGGAAGAGUUAUCAAAAUAUGCCGCUGUCGCUCUAAGGCUAGCAACAUUGAUGGGCGCCCUUGGCGAUGCGCAGGAGAGAGAAGAGGAGUAUACGUCUCUUGCAACCGUAUGGAAAGGCGUCGACAUAGGGAAAAGGUUGCCAUCGGUUUUGGAGACAUUUCCGGAGUCAUAUGUCACCGUACGAUUCGACACCAAUCGGGUUACCAUCAUGACCCCACGUCGGACUAUUAACCAGUUAGAACAGGAGUUGCAACAAGCUGGAUUCGUUACGACAAAAGUCGAAUUCAAUGGCAGAUAUCACUGGGCUGGACAUGAGGAUACAUUGCAUGCACUGAGCCGCAUGUGUGAUAGCGAUCCAACCUUGCAACUACCUGAUGCCACACAGUCAGUUGUUCCCACGCGGCCCAAUAUGGCGAUGGGCUCUCCUAAAGGCCCUCUUCAUGAGUUAGUAUUACGGUCAAUCCUAGCACAGCAGUGCCAAUGGUUUGAUACGUUCUCCAAGGUGUACCAAGCUCAUUUGGAAGAUACUCCAUCACUCAUCGUUGAAUUUGGACCAGAGCGGUGCAUCCCGCCUACAUAUAUGCGCAAGCUACAGGGACGCACCGUGCACUUUGCAGAUCUCGAUUUGAACCCAGUCUCGCGAACUUCACCUUUACAUCAGACACCACGGACCUACGAUAGCGACAUUGCCGUAGUUGGCAUGGCCUGUCGCGUAGCGGGUGCAGAUGACCUGGAAGAGUUUUGGAGGUUACUCUGUUCCGGGGAGUCACAGCAUCAAAAAAUGCCUCUAGAGCGAUACCAGAACUAUGAGACACCGUGGAGACUGAGUGCCAUCCGACCUUGGUUUGGAAACUUUGUCCGGGACAUAGAUGCAUUCGAUCAUAAAUUUUUCAGAAAAGUGCCAAGGGAGGCAAUGUCCCAGGAUCCCCAGCAGAGACUGCUUUUACAAGUGGCAUACCAGGCCUUGCAACAGUCGGGGUACUUCCAUCAGUCCAACAUUAACAAAAAUAUUGGGUGCUACAUUGCAUCCUGCACCGUGGACUAUGAACACAAUGUCAAUUGUCACCCGGCUUCCGCAUAUUCUGCCACCGGGUUACUUCGGAGCUUCAUGGCUGGUAAAUUGAGCCAUUACUUUGGGUGGCGGGGUCCCGCAUUUUGUGUUGAUAGCGCAUGUUCUGGGUCCGCUGUCGCACUUCAUCAAGCGUGCCAAUCGAUAAUACAAGGAGAGUGUACGGCCGCACUGGUGGGUGGUGCUAAUGCUAUAAUGAGUCCUUUGGCGUAUGACAAUCUUGCAGGAGCUUCAUUUGUGAGCCCCACAGGACCUUGCAAGCCAUUUGACGCAAAGGCGGAUGGGUAUUGCCGUGGGGAGGGAUUUGCUGCAGUCUUCAUUAAGAAGGUGUCGGAUGCCUUGGCAGAUGGUGAUAUUAUUCUGGGAACAAUCGCAUCUACUGCCGUCCAGCAGAACAAUAACUGCACACCAAUUGUAGUUCCCGAUGCAUCUUCUCUUGCCGGGUUGUUCACGCAGGUGACUGCACAGGCGCACCUCCGCCCUCGCGAUAUAUCAGUCGUUGAAGCUCAUGGAACUGGUACACAGGCCGGUGACCCUGCAGAAUACGUCAGCAUCAGAAAGACCAUUGGGGGCCCACAGCGCACUAUUAAAUUAGCUCUCGGAUCUGUCAAAGGCCUGGUCGGGCAUACUGAAGGUGUGUCCGGGCUGAUUGCACUGGUGAAGAUCUUGUUGAUGAUAAACGAGGGCAUGAUUCCGCCACAGCCAAACUUCCGCACUCUGAAUCCACAUAUUGAGGCAUCUCCAGAUGAUAAUAUGCAUAUUCCAGUCAUUCUCGAACAAUGGAGGGCAGACUUCCGUGCAGCACUAAUCAAUAACUACGGUGCAUCGGGGUCCAACGCAUCUAUGGUGAUCACGGAAGCUCCGUAUGCGUCAGAACAAAGGAUGCCCUCUGCAAACCAUGUUUCCAGCUUCGCUCUUCCAAUCCGAAUAUGCGCUUCAGACGAGUGCCGACUCAGUGACUGUGCCAAACGGCUGUGUGAGUUCCUCCAUGAUCAAGCGAUAUCAGCUGCACCUGCCACAGACUUGUGGAACCUAUCCUUUAACAUCUGUCGUCAGUCCAAUCCCACACUAGACUCGCAGGUAGCCUUCAGCUGCUGCUCUCAAUUGGAGCUUACGUCAAAGCUAGCCUCCAUAGUUGGUGGAAACACGAAUCACAGUUUCAGGCUUGUCAAAAGCCCUCUCCCAGUGGUAUUGUGCUUUGGUGGCCAGGUUUCUAAUUUUAUAGGCUUGGAUCACACCGUAUAUGAUUCCGUCUCGCUACUUCGUCACUACUUGGAUCAAUGUGAUUUCCAGGUACAGUCCUCUGGAUACAGUAGCCUUUUCCCAGGUAUCUUCGAGCAUAGCCCCAUUACGGACCAUGUCCAGUUACACCUCCAACUCUUUUCCUUGCAGUACUCUUGUGCUCGGUGCUGGAUUGAUUCGGGGCUAGCUGUUGCAGCUGUUGUUGGACAUAGCUUUGGUGAAUUGACCGCACUAUGUAUAUCUGGCGCUAUAUCACUUGGCGAUACAAUCAUGCUGAUCGCUCGUCGGGCGACUAUCAUUCGUGAUGGCUGGGGACCUGACCACGGCGCUAUGAUUGCAGUGGAAGGGAACAAGAACGAUAUUAUGCGUCUUAUAGACGAUGCUUUUCGCAAGGGUCCUCCCAAUAUCGCUCCAGCAACGAUUGCUUGCUUUAAUGGCCCCACCAGUUUCACGCUGGCGGGAGCCAAGGCUGCAAUUGAUGCCAUCCAGGAAACUCUGAAAGCCCCCUCAUAUGCCAGGCUUAAGUCAAAAAGGUUGUCAGUUACGAAUGCCUUCCAUUCGGGCUUAGUUGAUCCUCUGUUGCCCGCCCUCGAGGGCGUUAUGGCUGGGAUACAUCCUCAACAGCCGAAUAUACUGUGUGAGAGGGCAACGAAGAACGCGUCCACAGCUACAGUCGCGCCCAACAUGGUUGCAAACCAUCUCCGACAGCCGGUCUACUUCCACCACGCAGUACAACGAUUGGUAGAAAGUCAUGGCCCAUGUGUAUGGUUAGAGGCCGGUUCCGAUUCCACGAUCGCAUUCAUGGUCAACCGGGCUCUUGCAUCUUCUUCAGGACAUCACUUCCAAGCCGUGAACAUCACGGGUGACCGCGGUAUGCAAAGCUUAAGCGAUGCAACGGUCAGUCUCUGGAAGGCAAGUGUAUCGGUAGCCUUCUGGGCCCACCAUCCAAAACAGUCGCGACAAUACGCGCCUAUCCUUCUACCACCGUACCAAUUUGAGAAAAGCCGACACUGGUUGUCGAAUAAAAGGCUUCCUGGUCCUUCUCACGAAGCGAGUACCACACCUGCAAUUAAUGCGUCGCCUUUACGAUUCGUCGGAUACCAAGAUACCGAGCAACUAGUUGCCAAAUUCAGCAUCGACACUGCUCAUCGGCAGUACCAGGAAUCUAUCGCUGGACAUGUCGUUGCACAUACUUCGCCAGUUGCGCCUGCGUCUUUUAUGCUAGAUUAUGUUGUCGAAGCACUACGCAGCUUACCGGAAUGCAAAGGGAGAAUACCCCAGGUAUUGAACGUCACAAGCGAUGCGCCUCUCUGUCUAGAUAUGUCCCGAGAACUGUGGAUUGAGUUGCACGCGCAGGAUACCCAUAAGCAUAUAUGGGAUCUAAGGUAUCUGAGCGAACAACUACAAAGGGGACCACGGUCACAAGUCCUCCACUGUUCUGCCAGAUUCAUUAUGUUUGAGCCAGACGAUGCACAGAUACGUGGCGAAUUCGCCAGGUACAGUCGGCUGGUCAGUCACGGUCAUUGCGUGGAACUUUUGAAAGACCUGAAUAUAAGCGAUAUAAUUCAAGGGCGGAAUGUCUACCGGAUAUUCGCUGAAAUUGUAGACUAUUCUGAGCCUUACCGCGGGGUGCAAAAGCUCGUCGGAAAGGAUCAUGAGUCAGCAGGUAGAGUAAUAAAGCGGUAUACCGGCCAGACAUGGGUGGAUACAUAUCUAUGUGACUCAUUCAGCCAAAUAGGUGGAUUUUGGGUCAACUGCAUGACAGAUCGGGCACCCUCCGAUAUGUACCUAGCCAGUGGCAUGGAGAGGUGGAUGCGGUCACCAGUAUACGCUGACCCUGCUACCCCUCGACCGGACACAUGGGAUGUACUAGCAAAGCAUGAACGAGGAGAUGACUGCUAUACUAGUGAUAUCUUCGUGUUCGAGCCGACAACAGGACAGCUCGUCGAGAUUUUCCUGGGCAUGCAAUACACUCGAGUCAAAAAGGCAGCCUUUUCUAAGAUUAUUGACAAAUCCAUACGACAAUGUGCAACACGUCCAUCUGACGCGGACAAGCUUGAGGCUACAGUGCCGCACGCAGCAGUCUCUGUCCCGCAGGCUGCUGAAACCAAGUCUGACAGCAGUGGGCCUAAAUCCAGAACUAACCUUACAGCCCGUGUUAAGGCAGUUGUAGCCGAUUUCUGUGCCAUGAACCCCAACGAAAUCACCGAGGACGGUAAUAUGGCAGACGCCGGAGUGGAUUCUCUCAUGGCGAUGGAACUCGCUCGUGAGAUAGAGAAGGCCUUCCACUGUACGUUGCCUGCCGCAGAUGUUAUGGAGGCAGAUACAUUCCGGGAAUUGGUCGGUUGCGUCAAGACAGCCAUGAGACAGUGUGAUAGUGACGAGCAGGACAAUUCCAGCUGGAGCUUAGAGGAGAUAAGCUUCAAAGAUAGGAGCCCUGGUAGGGAUUACAACACUCCCAAUACCGAACCCGCCACCAGCGUUGCGUCAGAUACUCCAGAUCUCAAGCUACCAUUGCGAAGUGUGUUAGAGGCAUUCGGAGAGACCAAGGCGCUCACCGACCGUUUCCUGGCUGAUAACAAGUGCAGCGGUCGUAUAGAAAUAUUUGCCCCGCUGCAGAUUAACCUGUGUGUGACAUUAACACUAGAAGCAUUUGAGCAACUUGGUUCUUACAUCCGCACUGCGUCGGCUACCCAGCGUCUCGACCGAAUACUGUUCGAUCCACAGCAUCAGGAACUCGUCGAGUACCUCUACAAGAGACUUGAAGAAGCAAGGCUUGUUGACCUAGACGGCAACACUGUCAUCCGCACAGCCAUACCAGCUCCCAGUAAAUCUAGUCUAUCAAUCCUAGAGGAGAUUAAGUACUCCUUUCCCGAGUAUGCCGGGGCCAGCAAACUAGCAUAUUUUACAGGCAGCAAACUGGCUUCUGUAUUGCGCGGUGAACAAGACGGCCUUCAGUUGAUUUUCGGUACCAAAGAGGGUCAAGAACUGGUAUCAUGGAUGUAUGGCGACGAGCCGCACAAUAUUGUGGGGUAUAUGCAGAUGUUAGACUUCAUUAACCGACUGAUACGGAAGGUCGCCCUGGCAGGAGCAGAUGUGGGACCUCUGAAGAUUCUGGAAAUGGGAGCCGGUACUGGAGGUGGCACAAAAUGGUUUCUUCCCGUAUUAUCAAAGCUUGACUUUCCGGUCGAGUACACCUUCACCGACAUCUCACCAGCAUUUCUCGCGCAAGCUAGACGACGUUUCAAAGACUAUUCAUUUGUGUGUUAUCGUAUUCAUGAUAUUGAGAAGCCCCCGCCCGAUGACCUCGUCGGGACACAGCACAUCAUUAUAGCCAGCAACGCAGUUCAUGCUACAUCCAGUUUGCAAGAGUCCAUGCGACACAUGCGGAAGGCCCUGAGACCAGAUGGAGUAGUUCUAAUGUUGGAAAUGACGCGACCAGCGUUCGCAAUUGACAUCGUAUUUGGCCUCUUUCGCGGGUGGUGGGUUUUCAACGAUGGCCGCAACCAUGCCAUUACCAACGAACACCGUUGGGAGACAGAUAUGCACACGGUAGGGUACGGCCAUGUGGACUGGACAGAUGGUCAUUCACCGGAGGUCAGUGUACAGAGAGUCAUCUUCGCCACAGCGAGCGGGACACAAAGUGAACGCUUGCCGCUCGGCAGCCCUCUACAGAAAGUGGACCCAGGACAGCGGGUAGAUAACACCUGGCGGAGGAAAGUGACUGAUGGCUAUAUACGACAGAGCAUUGAGAAUUUCACUCCGCCUGUGGCUUCACACAACGGCUUUCGGUCAGAUGGGCAGGUCGUACUAUUAACAGGGGCAACCGGUAGCCUGGGUAGCCAUAUCGUGGCACAUCUCGUUCAACAAAGGUCUGUGAAGACGAUAUUCUGUCUGAACAGGAGCAAAGCCAAUGAGGAGCCAUUCCGAAGACAGACAACCGCACUACAGAAGCGCGGGAUCUCCUUAGCCGCUCAUGAAAUGGGUAAAGUGAAGGCAAUGGCAGCAACUAUCUCUCAGCACAAACUAGGGCUUUCCUCAGAGCAAUAUGGCACUCUCAAGAGCACUGUGACCCAUAUUAUCCACAAUGCUUGGCCAAUGAAUGGAGGUUCGGAGCUAUCGAGCUUCGAGAAGCAAUUCCAAGCAAUGCGUCAUCUAGUGGACCUCGUGAGCGACAUCGCCUGCCAUCGUUCCACGGACUCGAGAAUUAGGUUUCAGUUUGUUUCCUCUAUUGCUACUGUCGGACAUUACCCCUUCAUCACCAGUCAGAAAUAUAUCCCAGAGCAAUCAACAAACAUUGAGUAUGUAUUACCCAAUGGAUACGGUGAGGCGAAGUUUAUCUGCGAGCGAAUCCUCGAAGAGACUCUCCAGCGACAUCCAAAUCUCUUCCAAUCUACGAUAGUCCGGCCAGGCCAGAUCGCUGGUUCUUCCGGGAGUGGGUGCUGGAACAUAGCGGAGCAUUUCCCCGCCAUUGUCAAGUCAGCACAAACACUCAGGGCGCUUCCGGAUCUGCAAGGAGAUCUCUCAUGGACACCUGUGAAUGACAUUGCCGCCAGUCUAGUGGAGUUAUUGGUGACUGACAAUACACCAUAUCCGGUGUAUCACUUGGAUAACCCCGUCCGUCAACCGUGGCAUGAGAUGAUACGCAUUUUGGCCAGUGAGCUUAGUAUUCCCACCAGUAACAUUGUCUCAUUCUCUGAGUGGAUGCAACGAGUCCGCAGCUUCCCAGGAUCAAGAGAAGAUAAUCCAGCAGGUAUGAUGGCCGACUGGCUGGAAGAAAACUUCGAACGUAUGUCCUGUGGCGGGGUUUUGUUGGAAACCACAAGAGCGAGGGAACGUUCGUCGACACUGGCUGGGGUCGGCCCGGUCAGUGAGGAGAUUACUCGGCGGUAUUUGCAUCGUUGGAAGCAGUGCGGGUUUUUGCAUUAG